CAUCAUAUCAACUUUGGCCAGUUGACCGAUCUACUAUUGACUGCUCUAUUAUACAGAUAACACUCGCUAUGGCUUAUCAAAAUGCCUCCCCUGUCGUCAAUGCCUUCGGGAAAACACGCCUCCAGGAAUCCUUAGAGCGAGCUAGAGAUCGUCAAGGUCCAAGCCUGGGACAAUGGCUUGCUCUACCAGGACAUGCUCUCGCCAAAACCAUUGCACCUCUUGGUGAAGAUUGGGUUCUCAUUGACUGUGAGCAUGGUCACAUCGACGAUUAUAACAUGUACCUUCAAAUCAGUGCCAUAUCAUCAAGUGGCGUGUCACCUGUCGUCAGAAUUCCAGCCGGUGAACCUUGGAUGGUGAAGCGAGCAUUAGAUGCAGGUGCCCAUGCGAUCAUGGUGCCGAUGUGCGAGACAAAAGAGCAGGCGAUGCAGAUUGUUGAAUCGGCCAAAUACCCCUCAAAGAGUUACCCGAAUGGUUUCCGAGGCACUGGAGCCAUGUUUGCCCCAGCUGCUUUCAAUUUGACCGGCCGUGAGUAUUUGCUCAACGCAAAUAGCAAUGUGAUGAUAUUCGUCCAAAUCGAGUCUCGCAAAGGCGUGGAAAAUGUUGAAGAGAUUGCCAAGGUCGAUGGUAUUGAUAUGCUUUUUAUCGGGCCAAAUGACCUUGCGUCUUCUCUAGGCUAUGUUGCUUUCGAUCAUGCAACAACACCGGAAGUGCAACAGGCGACUCAACGGAUUCUAGACGCAACUUUGGCCGCUGGAAAGUAUGCAGGACAUUUUGCUCUUGAUGCAGCAACUGCUGCUCAGCGAUAUGAACAAGGCUUCCACUUUGUGAACUGUGGUGCGGAUAUUGUGGCAUUGACAUCUCAGAUGUCAGCCGAGAUACGGAAGGUGAAGGAUCUAACGACAAAGGACUUGGCCUAUAAUGCCGCAAAUGGAAGCGGAUCGGAAAAUGGCGUGAAAAGCUUGGACGGGAGGGGAAAUGGUAGUGUGGAUGCCGUGAAGCUCUACUAGUAGAUUACAGAUACAGCAUGCAUAAUAGGCUGCCGCGAACCCUGAGGAAAAGUUCAGCUCGGAUCUCCAUUACAUUAAGAGAUGUAUAGCUACGAUUUAUACUCCAUAAUGAACAUAUGGAACCCAUUGCGGC